CUAUGUCAGAGAGUCACAAUGAUCCUGCACAAUAACACUACAGUCUCCCCCUUGUUUUCAAAUGUGAGCUUCUUCUGGAAUAGAGAUUCCCAAGGAACAAGGCUUCUUGAGGAUGCAACGUCGGUCAUUGGCAGCUAUGACUUCCCUCAGACAACUGAGAGUUUUCCCUUCACUACUGUGGAAACAGCCAAUAGGUCACUAGAUGGCAUGAGCAAAGAUCCUCUGGGUGGACACACACUCUGGCAAGUAGUUCUGAUCGCCUUCCUCACUGGCAUCCUCGCACUGGUGACCAUCAUAGGAAACAUCUUGGUGAUUGUGGCAUUUAAAGUUAACAAACAACUUAAAACAGUCAACAAUUACUUCCUGCUGAGUCUUGCAUGUGCAGAUUUGAUCAUUGGCGUUAUUUCAAUGAACCUUUUCACCACAUACAUCAUCAUGGACCGCUGGGCUUUGGGAAGUUUGGCCUGUGAUCUAUGGCUCUCCAUUGACUAUGUAGCCAGCAACGCCUCUGUCAUGAAUCUCCUUGUCAUAAGUUUUGACAGGUAUUUUUCCAUCACCAGGCCACUUACAUAUAGAGCUAAACGAACAACCAAAAGGGCUGGAAUGAUGAUAGGCUUAGCUUGGGUCAUCUCGUUCAUUCUUUGGGCCCCUGCCAUCUUGUUUUGGCAGUAUUUUGUUGGGAAAAGAACUGUGCCUCCUGAUGAAUGUUAUAUCCAGUUUCUAAGUGAACCUGUCAUCACUUUUGGCACUGCCAUAGCUGCCUUUUAUUUGCCAGUCACCAUUAUGACUAUUUUAUACUGGAGGAUCUACAAGGAGACAGAGAAACGCACCAAGGAGUUAGCAGGGUUACAGGCCUCGGGCAGCAAAGCUGAGGCAGCACGCUUCAUUCGCCAAACUGGUAGCUCCAGAAGCUGCAGCAGCUAUGAGCUGCAGCAGCAGAGUAUGAAGCGCUCUACCAGAAGGAAAUAUGGCCGAUGCCACUUCUGGCUUACAACAAAGAGCUGGAAACCCAGCCAGGAUCAGGGGGACCAGGAGCACAGCAGCAGCGAUAGCUGGAACAACAAUGACGCCGCUGCUUCUCUUGAAAACUCUGCCUCCUCUGAUGAAGAAGACAUUGCCAUGGAAACGAGAGCCAUUUAUUCUAUUGUGCUGAAGCUUCCCGGUCACAGCACCAUCCUCAACUCCACUAAACUACCCUCAUCUGAAGACUUGAAUGGGUCAGGGGACGACUUGCAGACGUCCAACAUGGGGUCAAAGGAGAGGAAACCUAAAAGGUUGCACUCUCAGAAAAGUGUGGAGGACGGAGGAAACUUUCACAAGAACUUUUCUAAGCUUCCAGUUCAGCCAGGAUCAGCAGUAGAGGCAGCCAAGGUUUCCGGCAACAUUCCAUCAGCGGCUAAGACAUCCACAGCCCUGCCUUUAUCCUUCAAGGAAGCAACCCUGGCCAAAAAGUUUGCCUUGAAGACCAGAAGUCAGAUCACCAAGCGAAAACGAAUGUCACUUAUCAAAGAAAAGAAAGCAGCACAGACGCUCAGUGCUAUUUUGUUUGCCUUCAUCAUCACCUGGACACCAUACAACAUCAUGGUUCUGGUGAACACCUUUUGUGAUAGCUGUAUCCCCAAAACAUUUUGGAAUCUGGGGUACUGGCUUUGUUACAUCAAUAGCACAGUGAACCCUAUGUGCUAUGCAUUGUGUAACAAAACAUUCAGAACCACUUUCAAGAUGUUACUGCUGUGCCAGUGUGACAAACGGAAACGACGCAAACAGCAGUAUCAGCAGAGGCAGUCAGUCAUUUUUCAUAAGCGGAUCCCCCAGGAGGCUUCAUAG